AAAAGAGUUCCUUCUCAACCUGUGCAGGCAUGGGAAAGGAAAUGGACGGAAUCAGCGCGAGGAGAGCAGUUUCAGAUCUGCAAGUGGGUCAAGUGUAGGUGAUUUUAUUGUGUUGGCACAAUGCCAUACGCGUGUUUGUUUGGCUGUUUUCUCGUUUGCUCACGUUUGCCUUAACACCCGUUGUGUUUUCAUCGAUCCUUCAGCUGAAAAGGAAAUAGUGUUUGAAGACGACGAAGACGAAGAGGAGGAGAUGGACACAGAAAAGGAAACCACCACCGCUGGUGAAAUGGAAACCUCCAGUGCGGUUACACCUGAAGUUUCCAAAACCGAACCUGAACACACCCAUGAGUCUGAGAAAGCGGAAUUGCCCUCAUCGACGGGUCUUCUCAAUAGUACUGUAGAUAAGAAAUUGGCAGAGAUGGAAGAAGAGGAAACUACACAUACACCCAAGCUGGACGAUGUCUCAGAUCACGAGCCUGAACCUGGCAAUGGAGCCGACGUUGAAGAAAAAGAUAAUCCCGCUGCCUACCCUGCUUCCAACCCUCAUAUCCAAGCACGCUUAGAAGAAACCGAUUCACUGGAUACCACGCCACAAGAAACUCAGGAUGAAGAGAUGGGGGAUGCCUCAGGUUUGGAAACAUCUUAUCCAAGCAAUACCGCUACACCCGAGUACACCAGUUUCCGAGCCGACCGCGCUCGUGAAGUGCUUGACUCUGCUGUAUCUGAAGGUGCAUCCAUGGAACCCAGUUUGAGCCGGAGCAGUUUGAAUGACGAGACCCCUGAGUCCUCUAGUACUUUUGAUCAGUGAAGAGGCCAUAAAAUUUGAAUACAAGAGACCGAAAUACAUAUUCUUUUUUUUUUAAUAAAAUACACCCCAUUCACGCAAAGCGUUGGUUGGCCGCUGUAUUUUUGACAGAGAAGGGAACCGGAGGAUGUGACGUGUUUUUGAUCGGUGCUUCCAACAGUUUUUUGACAGCCAGGGCCAUCAAAUU